AAUACAUUGCGCUGCCCUCGCUCUGGGAAAACGCGGAAAAGCUGUAGUGAACAGCAAGCUUAUUGGCUCGAGUUUGCUAGCAACGAUCGCGUGAACGCGGCCUCCUUUAGUUCGCAAUACCAGUAGGGAUUGCCAGUCGGUCGUGCACAAUCGACAAAUUGUAUUGCCAAUGUGAGAGCAAGCCGAACAACGAGGGGAGAGCGCGCGAGUGUGGUGUCCUCUGUCCAAGCAUCUCUCGAACUAAGGUUAGGAUUCCUGAAUCAGUAACUGAGUACUGUUAUCGAGCGUCCGAUUCGGUGCAAGCCCAGGCAUUGGUGCGAGUAUUCCUUGACAAAGGUCCCGCCAGCGACGACGAUUCGUACGUCGGUCGCAGCCGGCAACCGUACAUAGGAAUUGCGUUUUUUCGGAGGCGCGCGCGAGACCAGCGCCAUCCGGUGCCCAAGUGUCAGCGGCUGGCAGCGAAGCAACGGACCACGCGAUUGGCCGCCGCUAAGCCACCUCGAGAAAACUCAUAGUAUCGUCGCCGCGAUUCGCUUAAGUGGAAAACUUGUGUUAGGGGCGAAGCAGGUGCUCAGGUAAGGUCGGCGGUGAAACCAAAUCGCGCCAGCCCAAGAAAGAGGACUGCGAAGAAGUUGUGGGCUGUCGGGAGGUCGGGCGAUGGCCGCCUAGGCUGCCACGGCGACUGGCCAAUCGGCGUCGGGCUCUCAUCGGCCGUUCCGUCCGUCUUUGUCGCGCUCGUGCGUCCCGUGGUGGUGAGCGAGAAAGAGCGCGCAUGCGGCUCUACUUUGCAACCCUUGUGCAUAGAGCGAGAGCCAGCCGCAGUCAGCCGUCGCUUCAAGCAAGCCACGAGAACGCGAGAGAACUCGGCGAGCCACACGACGGUGAUAACCGAGUUACGGCACUGGCGCUCAGCUGUUGCACGAUCCCCGGGGGCAACAGCCGAAGUAGUCCUCGUCGUCGUGAUAUGUCCUACUGGCCGCAGCAGCAGGGUCACGUGAGGCAAGACGCAGCAAGCAGAGCACUGCAGACCUCCGACGAAAUGACGCAAACGUCUGCUGAUAAUGUUGCCGCUGCUGCUGCCGCGGACACUGCUUCUCGACAAACCCUUUGUUGACAGCCGCGCCACGUGCUAAGCAGUCGGAGACAGAGAUAGCGCUAAAAACAUCAAAACUUAGACUUGAAUAACGGCAAACGCGACGUACCGAGCAAAUGACCUAUUAGUCAGCCGCUGAUUUAUCCAUUUGUUUUGCUUUUUCGGACAACAGUGCCAGAGCAGUCGUGACAGCCAACAAGAUGACUGGACGGGGCGGCAAGCGACGGGGUCGCCCGCCCAAGUCGGUGGUAAUGGAGCGGCCCAAGAAGUUCCAGUACCACCUCAUGAAAAAACCCAAGUAUCUACAGUCCAAGGGCUCCGACACGCCGAGUUCACAGCCCGCUACGCCCAACGCCUCCAGGUCAACUUCACCUCAGGAGGAGCAGAAUCGAGAGGAAACCAGGCGCAGCACGCGCAAUCGCAAAUCCAAGCCCCUGCAGGGCAAACACUCAAGAAAGGGUGGCCACUCGGGCUCAGCUUACCAGCGUCGUGGUUACAAUACCAGUGUAGAUUACCAUGACUCUGAAUAUCAUUAUGGCUCUGAUUUUGGAGAUGAGUCAAGCGAUAAAAGUGAAAUUGAAGAUGACCCAUUGCUGCAGAGCGACGAUGAUUCCUCUGAUAGUAUUGAGGAGCCUGAUCCAUCCAGCGACAGUGAUUUUUCGCUGUCCAGUUUCAGUACCACUAGUGGUACUCCGAGGAGAGCUCUUCUUGGCCAACAGAGACCUCCAAGCCCGGAACCGUUGUGGUUACAGAAUAGAGAACUACCUCCUUUGGAGCUACCGAAGUGUUCAGAUGACUUGCUAGUUCCUAGAGAUCUGGCUAUGCCUUGUCUAUCUAUAUAUGAAGUUCUCAGGCACUUCCGUACUCUACUUAGACUAUCUCCGUUCAGGUUUGAAGACUUUUGUGCAGCCAUGACUUGUGAGGAACAAUCAAACCUGUUAGCUGAAAUUCAUAUAACCCUUAUUAAAGCUUUAUUGCGAGAAGAAGACUCGCAACAAACUCACUUUGGCCCUCUUGAUCAAAAAGAUUCUGUUAAUAUCAGUCUAUACUUUGUUGACGCUAUGACCUGGCCAGAAGUUUUGAGAUCAUAUGUUGAAAGUGAUAAAGCCUUUGAUCAAAAUAUUUUAAACAUUUUAUCAAACUUAGAAUAUCCAUUUUCUGGUAUUGAGGAUAGAAUUAAAGUUUUACAAUUUUUAACUGGACAAUUCCUUAUAACUAAUCCUGUACGAGAGGAUUUACUUCAUGAAGGAAACAAAGAUUAUGAUGAUCAUUGCAGAGUUUGUCACAGACUUGGUGAUUUAUUAUGUUGCGAAACGUGUCCUGCAGUAUUUCAUUUAGAAUGUGUUGAACCACCACUUGUAGAUGUUCCACCUGAAGAUUGGCAAUGUAAUAUAUGUAAAGCUCAUAAAAUAGCAGGUGUGAUGGAUUGCAUACCUGAUGUUGAAAAAAAUGGCUUGCUGUGUAGACAAGAACAUUUAGGAUUUGAUAGACAUGGAAGAAAGUAUUGGUUUCUUGUCAGAAGAGUUUUCAUUGAAAGUGAAGAUGGAGAAAUAUGGUAUUACAGUACACCUUUGCAGUUGGAAGAAUUAAUGAAUUCUCUAGACAAAACUGAAAUGGAGGUUGCACUCUAUAGAGAAUUGUCUGAUUACAAGGAUGAAAUCAAACGUCAAAUGGAAUUGACAGAAACCAUCACUAAUCAGUAUAAAGGCAAUAAGAAAUCAUACUUGGAAGUAGAAAAUGCUCUUAUUUUGAAAGUGCAAAAAGAACGAGAAGAAAAAGCAGAAAAGGAAAAAGAAGUCAAAAAAGAAACUGAAGAUGAUGAAUCUCAAACGAAAAAUGAUUCAGUGCAACAAGUAGAAAGUAGAAGUCCUGAAGCAAAUGAAGAACAAAAUGCUGGAAAAUCCAUGGAAACAGAAGAAACCUCAAGUGAUCAAGAAAAACAUAAAGUAGAAGCUGAAGACAUGGAAGUAGAAGAAAUGACUGAAGGUGUUGACAAAGAUGGUAAAAAACAUAAUAUUGUGACUCGAUCAAAAACUGGUUCUUUAACACCUAGAACCUUCAAUAUUGAUGAGUUGAAAAAAAAACCUCUUCCAGGGUCAAAGGAGGAACAAGAGAAGCAAGAGAAACAAGACAAGCAAGACAAACUAGAGAAACAAGAUAAACCAGAGAAACAAGACAAACAGGAAAAGCUUGUGAUUAAAGAGGAAGUUAACAACGAACGAUUAACACGUCAAAAAGCCCAUCAAAUAGCAACUGGUACUCAUUUAUUUAAACUUGGAAUGGAUAACUCAUUCAAGUCAUAUGUGAAUCAGUACAGCACUAAUGCAAUCGCCUUGAACAAAGCGCAACGAAAUGAAGAACGUGAUAAGAAACGACACCUCUCGCAUAAAUUUGCUUUAGCUCAAUCUAUAGAAUUCAAGUGGAUUGGGAGUUUGACUGGUCCACGUGCAAUGUUAGUGCAGACUCUUCGGCAAACGAUUUUACAACUGGAAAGUAGCAUUCCAGCGCCAUUUAUGCACACAAAUUGGCCAUUACUACGUAAACCUUGGACUACAGCGGUUGGUACUUGUGUAAAUCCACGAGAAUUCGCAAGAGCCCUUAUAGCUCUUCAAGCUUGUAUCAAAUCCGUUGUUUUUGCUAAUGUUUGGCAUGAACAAUUAGGCCACGUGAAACUUCAAAGGGUUACGGCACUCGAGCGUGAAGAAAAAAAACGGCUUGACAAAAAAGAAAAAAAAGAGAAAGAAGAUGAAGAGGAAAGAAAUCGUUUGACUUAUAAUUUCGUUAAAUAUACGCUUGGAUUAAAGCACCAAAUCUGGAAGCAGAAAGGUGAGGAAUACCGUGUACAUGGACAGUGGGGAUGGCUUUGGAUAUCGGCAAGCCGCAGGCAUAAACCUGCUGACAUUAGUAAAAUGGGUUUGAAAGCUGGCCCUCAAAAAAUUAUGGUUCAAAUAAGAGAUCAAGUAGGCUUGAAAAUUUUAGCCGUUGAUCCUUCAACAUAUGAAUUUUUAGUCAAAGAAUAUUGUUCUGAUACGAAUGAAAGUUCAGAUAAGAAAGACAAAAUCCCUAAAGAAGUUAAAUCUGAAGAUUUAUCAGGUGAUAAAAAAGAUGAAAUAAAAGAAGAAAAUCAAAGUCCAGAUAGUACCGAAGACUGUAAGGAUAAAGGUAAAAAAGAAGAAACAAGCGAACAUAAGCCUAAAAUAAAAGCUGAAUCGGCCAAAGAAAUGAAACCAAGUAUUCCAUUUUUAGCUGGCAUGAAGAUUCAAAAAGUUUUCCAACCAGUUAUUGAAUUUAAUGAAAUUGACAUAACUAAAGCUUUGACUACUUCAGGGCGUAUUCUUUAUCCAAAAAUAGCAAAAAAAUCACGAGUCGAUGAUUUUCUAGCUCGACGUACGCAUUUGAAACUUUUAGAAGAGCGACGAUUUCAGACAGAAAAAUUGAACGAAGUAACAAAUAAAUCGAUUACUCCGAAAACCGAAGAUGAGGGCGACGUUGAUGUUGAAGGCAACGGGGAGAAUACUGCUGGUGGUGUGUGCGAUCCUACAGCACCAAAUGCUUCAUCCGGCAAACAAGCGAAGAUCGUCAGUGCGAAUACAAAAGAUCUUUUGAAUGCUAUAGGAAAACGUUUGAAGCAGGUUCAAGCACAAUAUGGAAGUUUAACUCGCCUAGGAGGGAAAAAUAUGGCUUGUUAUUCUCGAUACUGCAAUUUGGCUAGUCAGAAUUUAACCAACAAAACAGUUAUCACACAGCAGAGUUUAACUAUCAAUUGUUACUCGCCUCUUUGUUUGAGGAAGAUGCAACUGAAACGCGAAAUUGUUAGUUUACUUAGGAGAGCUAAUGCUUUAAAUAACAAUGCCAAUUCAACUGAAACGGCUACUUCUACUACAGGUUCUGUAAAUAAACUUCCAUCUAUUAGAAUGCAAUCUAACGAAGAUGUUAAAGAUAAAGUCAUUAAAAGUGAAAGUAAUGUCACAGAUCAGAAACAAAAUGAUAGUGAUGGUGUUUCUCAAACAAAGAAAAUAAAACUUGAACAGAAUGAAAAUACUGAUCAGAGUAAUCAAACAACUGUUACAACGAAUAGCGUUGUGACGACAACUACAGUAACUACCACAACGCAGCAGAUGAAGACUGUUGAUGGUGUUGUAAAGAGUAUGCAAGAAAGUAUCACUUCUUCUAAUUCUGUUGAUAUAAAAUCUGAAGUGAAAACAAGCAUCACAUCGUCUACCUCACCUAAAACCACCACCAUUGUAAAUCGUCGAGGAAGAACUGUGCAGCGUAUUAUAUACACUAAAGAACUGAAUGCCGAUGGUUCUGAAAGAAUAUAUUCUGCAACCUCUACAGAGGGAAAAGUUUACUUGAAGAAAGUUACAAUUUCUUUGGCCGACAGGCGAAAAAAACGAACGCCUGUCAAAUAUCCUCUAUGCUCGACUUUUUGUAGUAAAAACAAGCACCGUAGUAUAUUAGUUUUACCACAGCAUGAAUUGAGAAAAUUAGCUCGAAGUGGUGCUCGACAACCGGUUCAAGGAUUCCAUCAAGUCGCUAAGGCAAACAUGUCAGUAUGGCCUUAUCCUUGUCCAAGACCACUUUUUAAGACUUGUUGGUUAUAUCGAACUGUUGGUUUAAAAUCUAUUGCUGCUGCUGCACUCCAGUUGCGAAUAAUGUGGUCAUGCAUUAGAUGGGAUGAUGUUUCCACUAAACCUAUGUCAAAUGAUGGUAAACAUCAGAUCACUACUGAUACUGAGAUUAUGUCUCUUGAAAUUUUAAAGCAUAGACAUGUUGGUCAAUUUAUGGAUAAGACUCAGUAUUUACGUAGAAAAGUAGUCAUUCCAUUAGAAUUACCCAAACAAGUUAGAGAAGUAACUUCCAUCAGAAGUGGUUUAAGAAAAAGAAAACGGCCGGAAUCACCACAAAGCACCGAACCUCAAGUAUCUGAAGAAUGGGUCGAUGAAGAUAAACUUGAACUGUGGGAAAUAAAGCAAUAUGGAGAAAGGUUAGAGAAGGCUAAUGCCCAGAUUAUUACUAGGAGUAGAUCUGGCGGACCUCAAGUAGUUGUGAGUGGUAAUAGAGCUACAAACGCUCUUACUGGAUCAGAUCAGCUUGUUAGUGGUAAAUCAACUCCUGAAGAAAUCAAAGAAAAAAUGGAACAACAAUUACGACUCCAAAGAGCAGCACAUCAACAAAAACGAGCUUUGGAAAAUUCAAAAACUGGCACUCCUGGUACUCCUGUUACUCAGUUGGUUAAAGUUACUACAAACUCCGCUCAAGAUGGUACUUUCAAAGUUGUCACCAAAGUGGCUAUACCUGCUAAUCCUAAUACACCGCAAGGAAAAUCGCAAUUGACAUCAUUGCUUUCUACACCUAAUCAAACAAAAUUUGUCGGUACUAGAAGGAUUUUUAUGACCAAAGCUGCUGAUGGAACUACAAGAGUAGUAUCUGGGCCAACAAAUAUAUUGCCGAAGACACCUCAGCAACAGGGACAAACACCUAAUCAACAAUCAUUAAUCAAAAUUACCGGUCAAGGAACUCCAGCAACAUCAACUCAACAUGUGCAGCAAAAAGUACAAAUAUUACGUGGGCCAGACGGAAAACUGCAGGUUCGCGGUCUCAUGCCUGGACAGCAAUUGGUUCAGAUGCCAGACGGAAAGCUACAUGUUCUUAAUACAUCUCAAGGGGUCACAGCAACAACGCCACAACAAAAUGCUGUAACCACGACACCUUCUGCUACUUCAGUUAGUCAGACAGGCGCAAAAGUUGCCACUAAUACGUUAAAUGCAGUCAGUCUAUCAAAUACUACCCCGACUGUGAAGCCAACAUCGGUUAAGCUAGUAACUAACCAGGUGCAGUCCGAUGGAACUCAGAAGACUCCUAUACAGCUGCAACAAGUCGUCCAAGCUGGUCAGAGACUAAAGGCUGCUAUUGUAAGUCCUACCGCGGUUGCAAGUUCUAUUGGUACACCUCAAAAGGGCACAAUCGUUGUUACUAAUGCUGGUCAAGUUGUGCAAGGCACCAAGGUGCUUCCAGGGGCCGGUCAAGUCAUUGCGAAUCAAAUAGUAGUCAGUAGUUCCACUUUAGCACAACAGCUGGCUUCAGGCAAAGCUCAGUUAGCUACCAUAAAUGGUCAGCAAGUUAUAUUAAAUGCAGGAAAUUUAGUUCAACUAAACUCAGGCAAUGCAGGAACUCCUGUUUCACAAGCGCCGAGCACAACUGGUGAAUCCGCGUCUGCUGAUACUUCAGUUAAUACUACAAACAACUCUCCGAACACCGUGACAACAUCAACAGCAACAGCCACUCUAAAAACAUCUACGCCAGCAGCGACACCUAAUACUCCGGAACCAGGAAGCGUAGAAGCUUCUUUGCUGGCAGGACAACCUCCAGGCACUACCAUAAAAUGUGUGACUGCUCAGGUCAUUCAAACGGCACAAGGACCGCGAAUCGUGUUGCAAGGAUUGCAUGGAACUGACUUUACUCCUGCUCAGUUAUCCCUUGUCCAUCAGCAGGUCAAACAGCAGCUUUUGAAGGCUCAAGCCAAAGAAGGAAAGCAAGGUGUUUUAGGACCAACAAAGAUUUAUCUAGCGGUGCAACCUCCAACCAGUUCUCAAGCCCAACAAUCUCAAAACGCUUCUUCAAACAAGUCCGAAUCAAAUGCAACUGUAAAACCUGAACCCGGUACUCCAGCAAAAACCGAAGUUAAAGUAGAACCUACUUCUCCAAAAAAAGCAAAGGUAGUUGUUCAACAAGUGCGAGGAAAUGUGCCAGUUACGACUUCGGGAGAUGAUGUACAAAAAAAUAAUGUUGCCAAUGGUCAACAACCAGGUGAAACAUCUAAAGAUACAAAUGCAGCUGCAGGCAAUAAAUUUAUACUGACUCCAGAUUACAUUCAACAAACUAUAAAAAAUGCUUUAAAACAAGAAAACCUUAAUCCGGAAAUAGAAGAAAAGUUAUUACAACUACAAAGAUACCAAGAAAAGCAAAUGAAAGGUACAGAAGGUUCUACUCCUGGUGCUCAAAGUCAUCAAAGUACACCUGUAUCAACUUCUCGACCGCCUGCGCGCAGACGACCGAUCCCUUCAGCUCAUACGCCUGCUGCAACAACUACUAUUGGAGACGGUAAAGAUACCGAGUGGAUUGUAGAGACACCGAAGAGAAAACCUCCGCCAAAACCAGAACAGCGAGAUGUUAAUAAAUUGCAAAAGCAGCCCGAAUCAUUGGAAAAUGACUCGUCUGCUAAAAAUCGUUCUAAUAAAAUGAAGGAAACACAAGAGUUGAGGAGAAAACAGCAAAUACAUUCAAGAAUGCAAGUCCUUUUGUUUAGGCAUAAAGAGCUACUGAAGAAGGAUAUUUUAAAAAGGAGAGCUUUACUUGAAAAAGAACUACAAAUUGACGUUCAAAAAGAUCUUUCAAUGGAACUUGCUAACAGAACUAAAGCUGAGCGUAAUAAACAAGAUGAAGUCAAAGUAGGAAGCGCAAAACGUAAAGCUAAUGCUCAGCCACCUCAACAAAUAAGUCCGCCUAACAGACGAACGCCAAAGAAACAAAAAACCGCACACCCUUCCGCUGUCGGCCCAUCAAUGUCGAGUAGAAUAAAGAAAGAAAAGCUUUAUUGCCUUUGUAGGACGCCUUAUGACGAAACUAAAUUUUAUGUUGGAUGCGAUUUAUGUAACAAUUGGUUCCACGGAGACUGCGUGGGUAUAACUGAAGAAAUGAGCAAAAGUAUGUCAGAAUUUGUCUGUACAGAGUGCCGCCAUGCUCGCGAGACUCAGGAACUAUAUUGUUUGUGUAAACAGCCAUAUGACGAAUCUCAAUUUUAUAUUUGCUGUGACAAAUGCCAGGAUUGGUUCCACGGUAGAUGUGUAGGCAUUCUUCAAUCAGAGGCUGACAAUAUUGAUGAGUAUGUUUGUCCAAAUUGUCAACGAAAUUCGUCUGUAAAUUUUGCCAAUAUGAAAAAUCUUAAUAUGAAGGACCUUGAUCUUUUGAAAAAGUUGAUCAAACAAAUACAGGGACACAAAAGUGCUUGGCCUUUUAUGGAACCCGUCGAUCCUAAUGAAGCACCAGACUAUUAUAAAGUCAUCAAAGAACCAAUGGAUCUCCAAACCAUUGAACUGAGAAUUAAUGAUCGAACUUAUAAAAAGCUCAGUGAAUUCAUUGGUGAUAUGACCAAGAUAUUUGACAAUUGUCGUUAUUAUAAUCCGAAGGAAUCGCCAUUUUUUAAAUGUGCGGAAUCUUUGGAGACGUACUUUGUAAAUAAGAUUAAGUGUCUAAGGGAAAAAUUUUCUGAAGCAAAGUGAAGAUAAAAAUAAUGGAAGAAAUGUCAAUGUUGUAAUUAUCUCGUUUGCAUUGGGCUGUCCCAAAGUCAUCAAAUAAAGCGUUAGUAGAAGUUUUUAUAUUGAUAAAAUGUCGGAUAUUAAAAUGGAUAACACCAUUUAUAGUUUAAAAUUUAAGAUGUCUUAAAAGUCAUCUUUUCAUUUAUUCUAUAUCGGACGCAUUUAUUUAUUUUAAUAAAACAAAAUGUGUCGAAUAUUUUUUAAAUAAGAUGCUGAAAGCUCCCUUUGAGAGAUGACUUUUAGAUAUGCCUUCAUAUGCACAUUCAGGCGUCUAUAUAAAUAAUCGAUUACUAUUUAUUUUAAUUAAUAAAAGUACAAAAUUAGAUUACGAAUAUCCAAUUGUCCUUGAUUUGCAAAUAUAUAUAAAGAAAAUUAAAAAAUUUCUCAUUUACAAAUCCAUCAAAAUAAUUGAAAUCACCAUAACACUACAUAGAUGACUUUUGUAUAUUAUGAACUAUGAAGUAAGUAGUAUGAUGAGUAAUCGUUGUGAAAAAUUGUUCUCUUUCAGAAGAUUACGAUGGGCACUUCUAAUUUGCGAACGAUUAAUUUAUAACAAAAAUAUCAGUAAACAUUUUUUAAGAAUAAUGAGUAUUUAUUAAUGAAAAAUGUUUUGUUAUUGUCAAUUCGUUCCAUUAUAAAAAGGAAAUACUAUUUUUUUAAAUGAAAUUGGUGGUUCGAAAUAUAUUGAUUUAAUUAGAAAAGAUUUUAUUUUCUAAAUUAAUUAUUCUCAAGGUAACAUAUUUUUUUAAUAAUUUGUUGGAGAAGAAUCAGCUAAAAAGAUAAAGAUAGAAAAGGAAAUUUUAUAACUAUGCAAAAUGUAUAUGAUCAUAUUAAAACGUAAAAUACAAACAACUGCAUGUCUAACAAAGCCAGUCUGUAAAGCCAUGUUAUACUUUGUCCUUUGUUACCCUUUUGUUUGAAAACUAUCCCAGGAUUAUAUAAGAUAAGAGUCGUAGAUUAAGAUAAAAAUUGUACAGUAUUAAAUAUGUUUGUAUGUAAUUCAUUUAAGAUUUUUUAAAAAGUAAA